UGAGGAUGAGGGAGCUAGUGAUGAUGAUGAAAUUGAGAUUUCGGGGACUCUGACUAAAGUGUUUGAGAGAGAAGAAAAAGGACAGGUUAAGGAAAGUAAGCAGGACGACAAUAAGAGAGAUGACCCUCCCACUGAGAAUCAACCGAUCGUCCUGCACCCCAAAUCACCAAUGGUCCUGCACCCUAAAAUCCCCAACAUUCGGAUUUGGACAAUUCCAAGCCUUGAUGGCCAAAACCACCCUAUUGAACACUUCGAUGUGUUGGUGGUCCUCAACUCAGUGCAGCACCAGAACAACCUCCCAGGGCCUAUCAUGGAGCUCCGUGACAGGGACCAACCGCUGUUCUUAGUCAGAGCUGAACAGGAGUGGGACCUGAUCCAGGAGAAGCUCACAGGACCCUGUAAGACCUGUGCCUGGGAGAGAAUGAAAGCCCAUCAGAUGGAGAUUGAGAGGAAGAGGCUGGCAGCCACAGCUGGAGAAGCUGAGGUCCCAGAGGAUGUGAAGCAAACAUUACUAGAGUUAAGGGAGAUUGGAGCGACCAUGACUACAACUCUGCCUGAGCUGAGAAAGAAAGCCUUUUGUCAGUUCAUGGUGGAUGUUUUCAGAGAAAACAGAGUUCAAAAACUGCUGAGGAAUGACAAACAGUCUCUGCUGUCAGCUGGUCUGAGAAUGGAUAAGGUGCGUCCGGGGGACAUUGAUCGGAAUGGACACCUGUUCCAGUCCAGAGAUCUGACCAACCCCCCAUCCAGACUUCUCUCCGCCCUCACGGCCUUGGAGCACCUCCGACUGGACCUGGGGGUUCUGGGGCAGACGGGUUGUGGCAGCUCCAGCCUAGUCAACUCCCUCCUGGGCUUGAAGAACCAGGACGAGAGGGCGUCUCCCACUGGAGUCACUGAAACCACCAUGGAGGCUCUGGGGUUCCCACACCCUGAGCUGCCUAAUGUCUGGCUGUGGGAUCUACCAGGCAUGGGCAGGGUGGGGGAUCUGGCUCCCUCGUCGACCAAGACAGAUCAGAAGGCUCUUUCAUCUUCUCAGCAACCUCCAUCUCCAUUCCCUCCGAUGUCGCUGACUCUUCUGCACCCACUAUGUGAUGUCUACAUCCUGGUCUCGCCUCUCAGGCUUAGCCAGGUCUGUGUCCAGCUGCUGCAGAGUCUGUCAGCUCAGGGGAGGAUGUGCUACCUGGUCCUCUCCAAGGCUGACCUAAUGGGUGAAGGGGCUGUUGAAGAGGUUAGAAGGUGGAGUGAGGAGGCCCUAGGUCGACUAGGCCUCAAACAUACCACUUUCCUGGUGUCAGCUCUCCACCCAGAGGAGCUGGACUUCCCCAGGCUGCAGGAGCUGUUGUGUAGUGCACUGGCUUCCCACAGAAAGGCUGCCCUUGUUCAUUAUGUUGUAGAACUUUUGGAAUCAGAGGUGUGGGGGGGAAAGGACCAGGCAGACCCUUGCAAGCUUCAGUGACAUGUCAUUUCAACAAACUGUAUUUGUUUUGUUUUAUUUAACCUUUAAUUAACUAGCUAGAUAGCUUGGUACAUUAUUUUUGGCUGUCUCCUGUUGUAUUAAAGCCAUGAUGUGAGACGUCAGAGGCUCUGGAUAAUCUGAAUGACUGGGUCCAUGUUCUAUAUUAAAAUCGAAAUAAAAUCUAAGUUUAUUGGUAGCGUACACAGAUUUAAAAUCGAAUCAAAUUGUAUUUAUCACAUGCGCCAAAUACAACACAACAGUGAAAUGCUUACUUGCAGGUGUUAUGGCAGGUGCAGCGAAACACUUAUGUUACUAUCUCCAACAGUGCAGUAGAAUGUCUCACAAAUACAAUACAAAUGUACAAAUAAUCAUUGUAUGGUAAAGUUGUAUCCAGUUUAUGAAG